CGGCAGGUUCAGCAGCGUCAGGCAGCAUCUGUCACCGCAGGACCACGACUCUCCCCAGUGCGCGAGCCCGACUCUCGUAGUUCACAGUCCCGUCAACUCAGCCCCCAGGAAGUCAGCACCUCUCCACCGGUGCGCCAGGACCCAGAGGAGCCGUUCCGUUUCCAAGAGGCGACACAAGUCCCCCGGGGUCGUGAAGUCGCUCGUGUGCGUGAAACCCUCCUCUACCUAGGGACGCGCAUAGAGAGAGAGAGAGAGACCCGCCGCCCGACCCAGCCUCAACUCCACCUGGAUAGCCGAGUACAGCCGUCCCGGUUCCCCGGUUCGAGCUCCAGCGCGGAGAGACGGUGCGGAGGAGAGCCUAGUGCCGAACGGAGCAGGAGCGAGGCGCGGAGCAGGAGGCAGGAUGAAUCUCAAGAGUCAUUUGAUUUUCACCCUCUACACCGUUUACGGGAUUCUUCUUAAAGGCGUCAGCGGUCAGUACCCUCUGGUUCAAAAUAUGACGGUGACGGAGGGUGGCACAGCGAACAUGACCUGCCGCGUGGAGUAUAAUGACAACACCUCCCUCCAGUGGUCAAACCCGGCACAGCAGACCCUCUUUUUCGGGGACAAGAAAGCUUUAAGAGACAACCGGAUUGAGCUGAUUCAUGCGUCGUGGUCGGAGCUGACCAUCAGUAUCAGUGACAUCACGCUGUCGGAUGAAGGCAUGUACACCUGUUCCCUCUUCACCAUGCCCGUCAGAACGGCCAAGGCCUACCUGACAGUUCUCGGUGUGCCCAAGAAGCCCGAGAUCGAUGGCUUGACGAAGCCCGCCCUGGAGGGAGACCACGUCACUCUGACCUGCAUCACUCAGGGCAGCAAGCCCGCCGCCGACCUGCGCUGGUUCAGGAAUGAGAAGGAGGUCAAAGGUGCCAAAGAGGUGAAUGCAAGUGGGAAGACAUUUACAGUACGGAGCUCUCUCAAUAUGUACGUGGACAGAAACGACGAUGGAGUGGCCUACACCUGCAAAGUGGACCAUGUGGCACUCACACAGACACCGCAGCAGGCCACUGAAGUACUGGAGGUCCACUAUCCUCCUCGUGUGGAUAUCAUCAGCUCCCUUACAGUUCCUCAGGAGGGCCAGUACUUAAAGUUGGAGUGCGUGUCCAUAGGAAACCCUUCGCCAGAUCCUGUGACGUGGACAAAAGACGGGGCUGAAAUUCCUGACCUGGACAGGAUGAUUGUAGAGGGGAGGGAGCUCACCUUUACCUCACUCAACAAGACAGACAAUGGCACCUACCGCUGCGAGGCCACCAACCACCUAGGGGCAAGCAGAGCUGAAUAUGUCCUCUACGUCUAUGACUUCCCCACCACCCCGCCUCCAUCCACCACUCCCCCCCUACAUCCCAUCCCUCCAGAUACUACUGCACUAUUAGGCACCCACGCCUCAGACCCCACAGUCAUUGGCAACAGAGAUCCCAACGCUCUGGGGCAGCACGGCACGGACCAUGCCUUGAUCGGAGGAGUGGUGGCCGUCGUGGUCUUCGUCACCUUGUGUUUAAUCAUUGUUCUGGGAAGAUACCUGGCCAGGCAUAAAGGAACGUACUUGACAAACGAAGCCAAAGGAGCGGACGACGCGCCCGACGCCGACACAGCCAUCAUCAACGCUGAGGGCAACCAUGCACACGCAGAAGAAAAGAAAGAAUACUUCAUUUAGACUGCAGGGGGAGCUAGGCAGCUCUCUCCUUCUCCCUCUUCUCCUCUUUCGGUCUCUGUAUCUCUUUUUCUCUCUUUCUGUCUCGGCCCCCGUCUCUUCCUCUCCACCUCUGACCACUGCCCCGUCGCGACCACCAGGAGCCCGCAGGCAGUCCACGGAUAGAGAAGCUCCCCGAGUGUUAUUGCCUUUUUUGGUUAAGCCCCUUUCUUUCACUUACACCUCGUCCUUUAUUUCUUUCUCUCGUAUUCCGUUUCUUUUGACAGCCAGUUUUCACAGGCAGCUCCACCGUCGCUGCCCGAGUUUUGUCACGUGUUUUCCUCAUCUUUUGACAUGAGUUCCUGGAAAUCUGUGUAUCUGCCAUGACUGCUUCUUGCGUGUCCACUCGUACGUCCUUCCCUCCCAGGCAGACAUCCAAACACACACGAAAUCCCCUUUGUUCACACACACACACACACACACACACACACACACACAUUUCAUGUCUCACAUCAACACGGUGCCUAAAAAUACAGACGCCAUUGAACUUCUGUCAAUGCCUUCAUGUAUCGUCUGUCGGUAGCAAUGUAAAUGCUUCUUCGAUGGUUCACCGGACCAUCAUUUCAUUGCUUAACUCACAGCUGUGUAUUAUGCAUUGCGUCUUUUUAUUUGAAUGAAGAUCUGUGCUGUUUUUACGCCUUAUACAUGUCUAUCACACUGAAUAUGGUACUUUUAGACGCUCCACACCCCCCCUCCCCGACCCCACACCCCCCCGCCGACCCCAUCCCCUCUAAAUAGACUUUGUAAUUAAACAGUUGACCCCUUGUAAGAUACGAAGAAGGUUUUGUGUGACACUGUAGUGAGGUUUGUCCGAUGCGUGUGUACUAUGAUUUUCAUUCUUAGGGUAGGGUUAAUGAAAAGGUAUUGAUGGUAUUGUUUAGAGCAGAGAAUACACACCAAAAAUAUAUGAAGGAUACUAGACGAAGCAUUCCAUCAAAUAAACUCAAUCAACUAUAUAUGAAAAAAAUACACAUUUGCUGAACCUGCUGUCGCUAUGUACUUUUGUCUGUAUAUUCCUGCACUGUGCCAGGCUGCAGUUUAGCGAAAACAUCUUCAGUGUCCUCUUGACAGCUUAACAGUAGUUUGUUGUUCACAUCGAGGGUUCAGGUGUUUCAGUCUCCUCUCUAAAAGCUGUACAAAUCGUUUCAGAGUGAGCUUAGCUUUUCCACUUUUCAAGACUUUUGUUUUAGUUAAUGUGACCAUUGUUUUUUAAGCCCGAAGGACCCCGUGAAAUGUGAAGUGAACCAUCAACAGAUAAUACAGGCUGAAGAACACGAUCACAGUAUGUGCAGGAGGGUUGAAUGCGUUGAAAUAAAGCUAGGGUUGGUAAUCCUGGAGAAGCUAGCAAGAGAAGCUACUGCAGCUGAUCCUCCCAUCGGCCCUCAGUUAACGGGUUUACACAUGCAGACGCUCGAAGGUCUUUCUCACGCUCAACAGAUUCCAAGUAACAGGAGUGAACGGUAGAUUCUCGUGUGAGAGAAAGACCCACACUGCAUGGCACAGCGGUCUGCGUGGAUGGUAGACAUGUUGUGGACCAAAGCGUGAGCAUGAGGCACGAGUGAGCAUGCAUCAAAUAGGGCUGCCCCAGUCUAGAUAUUUAAUGGGAAACAAUGUGUCUGAGCUACAGCCCCAAUACAUGAACAUGCACUGCCUGACACCUGCUCGAAGCCAAUGCUUCCAUCGCUCGCUAACGUUUAGCAUCUCUGCCUCAGUGGCGUGUGUCUCUCAGGCUAAAGAUUCCUGUCAUCCUGUCUGAUGCUAAUUUCCAUUUCAUGGGGUCUUCAAGCUAAAAGUUUUUUUUUUAAAAAGGAGAGAAAGGGUAGUGUUGGGUCAUAGAUGCGCAGGGGCCUCCUUUCCAAAACUAGAAACUGACGACAAAACAUAGAAGCACAAAAAUGACUGAAAGAGUAACAGUGUUUCUAUUACUCGAUCAUCUUUGAGCUGGUUCCUCUGAUCAGUUGGGUCGUGGAAAGAUCACAAGGCUGUUUGAUUUAGUUCUCUUAGUUCAUACGGUGCAUCUUUUUUUUAAGUGUAAGCUAAUUCAUGUUCAGUUUUUUUUUUUAUUGAAAGAAAAAUGUUUUUUUUAAUAUUUUUGGUUGAAGUGGUUUUUAGCUCCCUGCUGUAUAUUGUGUCUGCUAAAAAUGUGGUUGAUUGUGAAAAUUGCUGUUCUGGAUUCUGGAUUUCCGUAUUCCUUCAAAUUUGUAUAUUAGCCACCUUUAAUCAGUUUGCUUUCAUUUUAUUUUCUGUUCAUUUUUCAUUGCAUAAUCCUUAUUAGAACUCUUUUUAAAGAAAUGUAUUUUUGUUUUGGCACAAGGCAUGUAUAUAAUGUGUGAGAACUAAAGUUUCGUAAGACACA